UCAGCAUUCGACUUUUUUUGGUCUUCAUGGUCAUACAAGCUGGCUGCAGUAACUUUACUGGUGCAAUUUUUCCUCACAUUGUUCCAAACAGACUUCAGUUCUUUGAAUAUGAGUCUGUCUCUGUACAUUGUGAGGUAGAUAACAACAUCACUGAAUGGAGGGUGAAGUGGAAAUCCCAUAAAAUAAAGAACGCUUCCCACACAUCAACAUCACCCUGCAAAAUUUAUCCCAUCUUUGAAAGUCACAGUGGAGAAUACUGGUGUGAAAAUGAAGAUGGAAUAAAAAGUGAGGCCCUGAACAUCACUAUUACUGCUGGUUUUGUAAUCUUGGAAACCCCGACCCACCCUGUGAUGGAGGGAAAUGAGGUGAUCCUUAACUGUAAAAACAAGAAAACUCAGUCAGAACACAUAACUGACUUCUACAAAGAUGGUGUUUCUCUCGGGACCUGGAAUCAAAGCAGCAUGACCAUCAAAAAUGUCUCCAAGUCUGAUGAAGGACUCUACAAGUGCAGCAUUGAUGGAGCAGGAGAAUCACCUGAGAGCUGGUUAGCUGUUAUAAAACAAAGUAAAGCUGGUUUUGUAAUCUUGGAAAUCCCGACCCACCCUGUGAAGGAGGGAAAUGAAGUGAACCUUAAUUGUAAAAACAAGGAAACUCAGUCAGAACACAUAACUGAAUUCUACAAAGAUGGCGUCUCUAUCGGGACCUGGAAUCAAAGCAGCAUGACCAUCAAAAAUGUCUCCAAGUCUGAUGAAGGACUCUACAAGUGCAGCAUUGAUGGAGCUGGAGAAUCACAUGAGAGCUGGUUAGCUGUUAUAAAACAACAUCAUCCAGCACCUUACAAUAAGACUGAUCUUUCACAUGAAGUCCCUAAAAUAUCACAUGAUGAAUUCCCUAAAACACUCAUUCUGCUGUGGACCGUUAUCUGUGUUUUACUGGUGGAUCUGUUGUUGUUGUUGGUGGGCCUGCUUCUUCAAAACAAAUAUAAAGUAUCAGCCUGUUUUUCAUCAGCACAAGGUUCACACUCAUGUGAAGACAACACAGUCUUGCAGGAGGAGUACACUCAAGUGUCAUAUACCAGUGUACAGAAAGAACUGAAAGUGUCCAGAGAACACAUCGAGACUGUGAUAUAUUCUUCAGUGAAUUGAGGCUCAUGCAUCCAUCCAUCACAUCGCAUGCUCAUCAAUUUAGGGUCACGGAGGCUGGAGCCUAUUCUUGUGUCAUCGGCCGGGAGGUGGGGAACACCUGGACAGGUCACCAGUCUGUUGCAGAGUUAACACAGAGUCAGAAAACCAUUCACACUCACAUUGACACCUGUGGGGAAUUUAGAAACAUCAAUUAACCUACUGACUGACUGAGGCCGUUACAUUUUUUUUAUUUGCUGAACUUUCCUUUGCUGGACUACUAAACAUUGACAGUUAUUCUCCUGUAAAUAUAGCUUUCUUCUUUUCUUGUGUGUGUGUUUUUUUUUUCUUUUCUUUUCUUUGACACGACUUAAUUGACUUUUGACAGUGACGGUACAAAUAGCAGUGGUGAAGGCAUGUGCAGAAGAUAGGAUGAACUAAACUGGGAAAACUAACAGAAACAGACCUGAAACAGAGAUGCAGGGAAAUACACAGGAUGACAGAGGGAAAUAACAGAGACGAACCAGCAACGCACACAAGAAAAAACAUGAAAACACUGAGUCACCAACCCAGGACCAUGAAAGUUUUUUUCUUUUAAUUUUUUUUUCUUUAAAAUGGCACAUUUACAUUCUUCUGUACGUAUUUUAAAAUUCAUAUUGUCUACUUUUGUAAUUUUUAAACUGUCAGCUUUUCUGUUUUUUUUCUGAAAUCACUGUAAUUUAUAACACAACAAUA